AAGGCGCACCCUCACGCCGAGAGUAUCUGGUAGUCAUACGCUGGCCCGUUGCGCGAGCCCGCUGAUACAACUGCGUCGCUCUCUCGCUCCGUUUUGCGCGAGUUGUGACGUGACGUACGUGUCGGUCGCACGAGUGACGAUUUGUGCGCAUCCACCUGGAUCCGAUCGUGCGGAGUGCUCGCGAAGCAACUCGCGAUCGUCCACCCGGUCUGUCGGCGUGAAAAGCGCGCGCGUUUCCAGCGAUUUUUCUCGAGGAAUCGUUUUCUCGGAGGACGGUGUGUGUUCGACGCUAGUGGUGGGACCUCUGCGAGAUAUCGGUGCUGAUCGGGGUAAACGCGAACUCCGAGAAAUCGCGGCGCAUGUCCGCACGUCCGCCUCAACGUGCCUCAAGAUCCGAGUGCAUCCGGUUUCCGUACGACGUUCGCGCUCACAUGGCCUGUGUUUUGUUUCCGUGACCGCGUCUCCGCGCACCCUACGUGGCUCCCUCUCGAGCGGUUUUUCGCUUGCAACGACGAGCUGCCAUCGUGGCCGAAGCGCGCGCUUUCAGUGAGACCUCGUGUACCGCAAGACCGGCGUGCACAGAAAAGACGCGAUCUUCCAGGAUGCUCCACUGACAGGCAAGAUACUUGAACGACGAAUGCUGAUGCUUCGAGUGAGAUGGUUACCGUCGAACGCGGGCGUAGUUAGCUGUAGGAUCAUCAACACAAUCAACGACGAGUUUCUGAUCAGCCACCCUGUCACCGGCAACGCGUUAACAUUUGUCGUCUCGAGCGACCCUCCUCGUUCACAUGGAAGCGUGUGAUUGACAUUAGCACCCUGAACGGUCAGGUCGUUGUAAUAUCGAGAGCCCAGCUUGCGAUCGCGUUUUGCAUCAUCAUCUCUUUCUCUGUUCCUCUCGUUCGGGGGCGUUCGUGAGUGGAAUAUCCACGGAAGUGCGAGAUCAUCGACGGCGUUAAGCUGGCAACGCGACCGACGUCUACCGUUACGACCGUACGCGUAAAGUGCAUUUAACAGUGCCGCGAUCACUUACGCCCCAUGUGGCUUCUUAUACGGCAAAAGAAGUAAGAAAACGAUAACGUUCAGGUAGCUUUUAUACCGAUCUACGUAGAAACUCUGGCUCUUUCUUCAUUCGUCGCUGCUUCGGGUUUCACGAGACCGCUCGCGAGGUUCUCGACGCGAUUACGGUCGUUGACCAGGGAGAUGGAUACGUUCUUGAUUAUCGGCAUCUGCUUCCUCUGCUACGAGAUGUGCGAUUUAAUCAUGCGCUACGCCGCGCCGCAGGCGCCGAUAGAGACGCAUCACGCGGCGGAAACAGCCACGGCGACUACUAAGGCAUCAUCUUCGCAAAAAGUCUACUCGAUCUCUCGCAAGAUUCAAGGACCACCCGCCUGUUGCCCGCAAUAGAUGGUUGCACGUUCGACUCCGGCUACGGGUAAUUCCGCCCAGAGAACCCCUUUGACGUCCGCUAGCUACGGGGUACGCUGAGGAAACGAGACACCUUUGUGUGAGCGGAAGAUCUCCGCUGAACCUCAAACGGAUAUAGAACUCUACUCGACUGUGCCGGGGCAAAUGGAUGGCCUCGCCAGAUGGAUUUACAGUUCCGCACAGUGAUAACAGACGCUCGUCUCGGAGAUUCAUGAUGUUUACGGAGGCCCGGAGGUGGCAACGCGAUCGAUAAUGAUUUGUCAGCUGAUACUACGUCUGAAAACCAGUGGACCAGUGGUCAGAUUUCAGUCUUUAAAGUGACGAGUUCGUAGUUCGCGUGCUAAUAAACGCUCUGUGCUUCAUUCACGAGUGUGUUUCGAGUGAAUCGCGAGGCAGGAGCAGCACAUCGAAUAGAUAGAACAUGACGAGAUGAAUCAUCAAUAAUAGGAUCCGCUGUUGGUUGUGAUUUCGCUCGUAGAAAGUGAAACGUUCGCUUCGCUGCCUGACAAGACUCUCGCUAGCGAAGUUUCAUUGUUAAUUUUCAGUGUUCGGCAACAUCGACAAGGCGCGAUCGCUCGCUUCGUUCGUGGACAAGUAAAAUGCAACGGUGGCGAGUCUUGCUCGUGUGAAACCCAUCGUUGCACCACGCGUUGCUUCACGUCGCGUAACGCGGAGCAAAGGUGGGUUGUCGUUAGGCUUUUGAGUGAUAUCGACUGAGACAUCGCGGCCGAUAGCCUGUCGCGGAGCGAAGGAAAAGCAAACUUGAUGCUUGAUGGACUCUUAGAAACGUGUUUGUGAAUGCAAACUUCAGCGUCGAACGUUGAUGCGACUGCACGUAACCGCGGCGCUAACAAACAAGAGGCAAAGUUUCUUUUGUGUAUCUCGGUCAGAGCUCUGCGUAAUCAUCAAUAGUGUACCGUUUCCGUGUCAUAACGCGGAUCGCCUCUGCGGUGCGUUCGAAUGGAUAGAAGCGGUAACGUCAUUUAACGCGGUUGUGUGUGUUUACUGCUCGUAACUCAAUCUUGACGUCCACGACCGCCGUGUCGAAAAGUUUCCAUAGAUCGUAACGAACUUACGAACCCUCGCGGUUAUUGCGGCGGCCACGCGAGGACGACUUUAUCAAGAUCGGGAGAGAGGCCUCAGUAGGCAGAAGAAGUCACGCUGACGAGAAAGUUUAAACUGGAAUCGCUAGGAUCGUCGCUCUUCAUAAAGGUCUGACCUUUUGCAAAAUAAAUGCAGUUAAUAAGUUAAACAGCUCGCGGUUCACCGUGCACUAUCGGCGAAAUGUCUUGCCGGCGCUGAAACGGCAGUCGUGUUGAUUUUAUUAUAUUAACCACACGCCCAUCCAGCAAGGAGCUCGAUAACGCCGAACAAAAGCAUCGUGAGGUUGAAAGCUACCGUGAUACGUUUUCCCCGAAGCCAUAUAUAAUGUAAUUCUCGCCGCAUACAUCAAAAUGCUCUCCGACCGAUAGAACGAGCGCCGCUCCCUGAUCAACUGAAGUAGCUCUCUCGCAAGGGGAAAUUCGCACGAACGGGAUUCGUUCAUCAAUGCGACGAACAAGGGGGAGGAGGAGGAAGACCAUGACUGAUGUUCGAUCCGAGUCCAAAUAUUCGCCAUUCGAAUCCUACUUGAUUCCCGCAACCCCCGUUCGGCAAGCAAAUCGAGAAAGAUCAAGACGAGGAAUCAUCAAAGAUUAGAAGAGAUGGACUCACUGGAGCGUCUAAUGAGUUCCCGCACUCACCAUCCGGCUCUUACGGCGGCCACGCGAUCGCAGAACGCCUUUGUGCAGGCCAACCUCUGCUCCGUAAUAGGCCGCAAAGGGCGACACCUCAACGGCACCUUUUGCCUAACCGGAGACACGAUGGAGGGCAUCAUACAAUGCCUAGUCUUCCUCAAAGCCUUCUCGCUCGUGGGCGGCGAAUUCGACAUGGAGCUGAACUUCGUGAUACAGGACGCGCAGAACAUCAGGCACAUGCUGGAGCUCCUCGAUCAUUGCCCGCCCAAUCUCCAGGCCGAAAUAUGGAGUGUCUUUAUCGCGAUUCUUAGGAAGAGCGUUAGAAAUCUACAAGCAUGUACGGAUGUGAGCCUCAUAGAACACGUUCUACAUCGACUGUGUCGUGCGGAAACUGUCGUCGCUGAUUUAUUAAUCGAUAUGCUGGGAGUGCUGGCAAGCUACAGCAUAACGGUGAAAGAACUGAAACUUUUGUUCGGCGCUAUGAAAGCUGUCAAAGGAAAGUGGCCACGACACUCGGCAAAACUGCUAAACGUCCUCCGCCAAAUGCCGCAGCGAAACGGGCCCGAUGUAUUUUUCAGUUUCCCCGGCAGGAAGGGAUCGGCGAUUGUCUUGCCGCCGCUUGCAAAGUGGCCUCACGAGAACGGAUUUACCUUCACCACAUGGUUCCGCCUAGACCCCAUCAACUCUGUUAAUAUCGAACGAGAAAAACCGUACCUCUACUGCUUUAAGACCAGCAAGGGAGUAGGAUACUCUGCGCAUUUCGUAGGGAACUGCUUAGUCCUGACUUCGAUGAAAAUAAAGGGCAAGGGCUUCCAACAUUGUGUCAAAUAUGAGUUUCAGCCACGAAAGUGGUACAUGAUCGCGGUAGUGUACAUAUACAAUAGGUGGACGAAGAGCGAGAUUAAAUGCCUCGUGAACGGUCAGCUGGCGUCGAGCACGGAGAUGACAUGGCACGUUUCGACGAAUGACCCCUUUGACAAAUGCUACAUUGGGGCGACCCCCGAGUUGGACGAAGAGCGCGUGUUCUGCGGACAAAUGAGCGCGAUAUACUUGUUCAGCGAAGCGCUGACGACGCAUCAGAUAUGCGCGAUGCAUAGAUUGGGUCCGGGAUAUAAGAGCCAGUUCCGUUUCGACAACGAGUGCUACCUGAAUCUGCCCGACAAUCAUAAAAGGGUGAGUGAGCAGGAUCUCUCUGCGAGCAUGGUGGACCAAAGUAUGCAAAUUGUACUGUACGAUGGAAAACUUUCGAAUGCAAUUGUGUUCAUGUACAAUCCAGUAGCGACAGACUCGCAGCUUUGUCUACAGAGCGCACCGAAAGGCAACGUCUCGUAUUUUGUACAUACACCGCACGCCCUCAUGCUACAGGACGUCAAGGCAGUGAUAACGCACUCAAUUCACAGCACGCUGAACUCGAUAGGCGGCAUACAAGUCUUGUUUCCAUUAUUCUCGCAGCUUGAUAUGCCUUAUGAUUGCAUAGCGCCAAAUGACGUUAAGCGCGAUCCCACGUUAUGUUCGAAACUGCUCGGAUUUAUUUGCGACCUGGUAGAGAGCUCCCAAACGGUUCAGCAGCAUAUGGUACAAAACAGGGGAUUUCUCGUAAUAAGCUUCAUGCUGCAGAAAGCGAGUCGAGAUCAUCUCACGACGGAAGUCCUCGCAUCCUUCCUGGAGCUCACGAAGCAUCUGGUCACCUGCCUCAGCGCGAACAGCGACUUAUUACUGAAACAGUUGUUUUAUUUUUCAUUCCUAACAUGGCAGCUACUGGAUCACGUCCUUUUUAAUCCCGCUCUGUGGAUAUACACGCCUGCGCCGGUACAAACGCGGCUUUACUCGUACCUGGCCACAGAGUUUCUUAGCGACACGCAGAUCUACUCCAACGUGAGGCGCGUAUCAACCGUAUUACAGACGGUGCACACGCUCAAGUACUAUUACUGGGUGGCUAAUCCCCGAGCGAAAAGCGGAAUAACACCGAAAGGAAUGGAUGGACCGCGGCCGCAGCAGAAGGACAUUCUCACGAUCCGUUCUUACAUUCUGUUAUUCCUGAAGCAGCUGAUAAUGAUAGGUAACGGCGUAAAGGACGACGAGCUGCAGAGUAUUCUCAAUUAUCUGACGACGAUGCACGAGGACGAAAAUUUGCACGACGUUCUUCAAAUGCUGAUAUCCCUGAUGUCGGAGCAUCCGUCGUCGAUGGUGCCAGCAUUCGACGCGAAGCAAGGCGUGCGGACGAUUUUCAAGCUCCUGGCAGCCGAGAGCCAGCUGAUACGACUGCAAGCGUUAAAACUGCUGGGAUUCUUCCUCAGCCGCAGUACGCAUAAUAAUGAUUACAGAAGGAAAUACGAUGUAAUGAGCCCACAUAAUCUGUACACGUUGCUGGCCGAAAGGCUCCUGUUGAACGAGGAAACGCUCUCUCUGCCGACGUACAAUGUUUUGUAUGAGAUUAUGACGGAACACAUCAGUCAACAAAUACUCUAUGCCAGACACCCCGAACCCGAGUCCCACUAUCGCUUGGAGAAUCCAAUGAUCCUGAAAGUGGUGGCGACGCUGAUUCGACAAUCAAAGCAAACGGAGCAGCUGCUGGAGGUGAAGAAGCUGUUCCUGUCGGACAUGACGCUGCUCUGCAACAACAAUCGGGAGAACCGGCGUACCGUCCUGCAGAUGUCCGUGUGGCAGGAGUGGCUGAUCGCCAUGGCUUACAUCCAUCCGAAGAACACGGAGGAGCAGAAGAUAUCCGACAUGGUGUACUCCCUGUUCCGCAUGCUUCUUCAUCACGCGAUCAAGCACGAGUACGGCGGCUGGCGCGUGUGGGUCGAUACGCUGGCUAUCGUGCACUCCAAGGUGUCGUAUGAGGAGUUCAAGCUCCAGUUUGCCCAAAUGUACGAGCACUACGAGCGACAGAGAUCCGACAAUAUCACCGAUCCUGAACUGAGGCAGCAGAGACCGAUCAGCACGAUCUCUGGGUGGGAUCAGCAGCACUCCGGAAGUAACGGCUACAGCAGACCGGCGCCAUGGGGCAAUCAGCAGAAUCACGAGAUACAACAUAUGGAGAGAAAUUACAAGGAAUUUGAUGCAUCCGAAUCAAACGAUCGACUGGAAGAAUCCUGCAGCUGCGACCUGAACUCCAUAGACAACACCGAGAGCGACGGUAGCCCGGCUAUCGUGAAGUCGCGCAGUGAGACCUUGGACACCCUGCAGUCCUGCGAGGUGGUAUCGCUGGAUUCCGUCGUCGUAGGGCUAAGCGACAAGCCGGAAACGCCGACCACCGCUCGCGAAGCUCACAUGGAGACGCCGACCAUCCUUGAAGAAGCGAACAGCGAGGCAGUUUCGCUGCCGACCACGCAGGAGACCAGCGAGGUGAUAUCAAUCGAGAGCUCCAGCGAUCUCUACAGCGAGGUUCACAAAAUUGAGAGCUCCAGUCCCGAUUCCAUGAUAGUCCAGGAUACGCUGAAAAAGGAUGAGGACGCGGCAUCCGAGAAGCAGCCAGUCGCCGAGCCGUCUACGGCCGAAGAGACUAAGGAGAUCAAGGAGAACGCGGAAGUGACAGCGGCCGAAUUGAAAGAUACGAAUGAAACCGAGAAGAAAACCGAGAAGGACACCAAUGUCGACACCGACACAAUCACCGAGAUAACGGACAAGAGCGAAAAUCCCUCAGUUGCGAACGAGCAGGCAAAGGACGAGAAGCCUGCUGAGGAGAGCAACGUUGCCACCGACGACAGCAACACGCCGACCAACACCGAAGAUUCCGACAAAACGACGACGAUAGUUGAAAACGCUACGGCUGAUUCUGUCGUAUCGAAAGACGAAGCCGAUAUCGAAGAAGACACCGUGCCAAUUGUCCCCUCUGACGAGACGCGGGAAGUGUUGACGGUCAAGGUGAUCGAGAAACUCCAGCUGGAGAACGAACGCGAGGUGGUCGACAGCGACACGUCGGAGGCGUACUUGACCCCGACGGAGAAUCAGGAGACCUCGGGCGAGGUGAGAAGCGGGACGUCCGAGGGCGAGAAGAUCGACGACGACACCGUCGAGAGAAAGGACGUUUCCGAGGAAGGCAGAGGCACGACCGAGACCGCCGAUGCUGGCGAGAAUGAAAACGCAGGGGAAACUGUAAAAAAUCCGAAUUGCUCAACUAGCGUAGUAGAAAGCGGCGAGGAUGCUUGCGCAGAGAAGGCGGUAGAUCUAGGGGAGAAGGAGGAGGAGGAGGAGGUGGUGCUGGAGGAGCCAGUAAUAGUGAAUAGUGCGUUAAGUAGUGACGAACGCGCCGUGGAUACUUUAACGGGGGACAAAAGUGCUGUUAUUAAUGAUAACGAAGACGCGAGAGUAAACGAGACACACACAAGGGAGCCGUCCACUAUUUCUACUAGCGUAAGUGAUAAUAAGCCGGACGUUACGGCGACGACCGGCGAGAUAGAGGUAACCGAUAGCGUUUGUAGUAAUAGCGAUGUUCAAAGUUCUGUAGAUAACGUGACGCAAGUGCCAAAUCCUAAGCAGCAAAUCCCAACAAUAUCUACGGUCUGUGAUGCAACUAAAAGUUUAUCCGACGGUGUGCCUCAAAUCGUUAGUUCUAAUGUGGUUGCCAGGGACAAUGCGUUAUUGAGUGACUUGACUACCGAUCACGUAGACACCCAUCGCAGAUCCAGCCUGCCGAUCGUCUCCUCGGACGCGGUCGGCAACGCGGACGACAACGUUCACGAGCCACCCUCCUUGCCUGUACCCUUACGGAAGACAUCGUCACCCCAGAAGCGACCAAGGAGUGCCUCAACGUCCACGCAGGUGGAUCCUAAUCAUUUCGAAGCCAAAAGAUCAAAGCAGGGAAAUCCCUCCACGCGACCGAUGUUCAGUCCAGGUCCGACGCGACCACCGUUCAGAAUACCGGAGUUUAAAUGGUCUUACAUACAUCAGCGACUACUGUCGGACGUUCUGUUCUCCUUGGAAACGGAUAUUCAAGUGUGGAGAAGCCACUCGACGAAGUCCGUCCUGGAUUUUGUGAACAGCAGCGAAAACGCCAUCUUCGUGGUGAACACGGUCCAUCUGAUCUCGCAGUUAGCCGACAAUCUGAUAAUCGCUUGCGGCGGAUUGCUGCCCUUAUUAGCAUCGGCCACUUCACCAAACAGCGAAUUGGACGUGAUCGAGCCAACUCAGGGGAUGCCAAUCGAAGUAGCGGUUUCUUUUCUGCAGAGACUAGUCAACAUGGCCGACGUGCUUAUAUUCGCCAGCUCGUUGAACUUCGGAGAACUCGAGGCCGAGAAAAAUAUGUCGAGCGGCGGCAUAUUGCGACAAUGCUUGCGACUGGUCUGUACAUGUGCCGUUAGAAACUGCUUAGAGUGUAAAGAACGUGGCAGAUCGUACAGCAUGUUAGGUCGGCAGAUCGGUUCUAGUAAUAAAUCACAGCACAUACAGUCCCUCAUACGCGGCGCUCAGACAUCACCCAAGAACAUCGUGGACAACCUGACGCAUCAGUUGAGUCCCGUCAAAGAUCCCGAGAAAUUGCUGCAAGACAUGGACGUAAACCGUUUGAGAGCCGUGAUAUACAGAGAUGUUGAAGAAACCAAGCAGGCGCAGUUUCUGUCCCUAGCUAUAGUUUACUUCAUCUCUGUAUUGAUGGUAUCGAAAUACCGCGACAUCCUGGAGCCGCCGAUAUCGCAACGUCCACCGAGCCCAGUGCAAACGAUACAGACGAAUGGUGCCGGUCUCAGGCCAGGUAGCCCUUCAGAUGGGAACGGUGGUGGCGGAGGGCGGCCCUUAUUUCCACAGUGGUCUCACCACGUGUACCCACAGUUCCUCCCGGGAUCUCACCCUAACGCCAAUGCGAAUGUCAAUGCCAAUGCCAACCACCACAUCAACCAGCACCACCACCAGCACCCGCUACCGGCCGCCAGGCACUCUAAUCGCCAGCCACCUUCCAACUAUUACCUUCCGAAUCACCACAACAAUCACUACAACCAUCACCCGAGCAACCAUAACUAUCAUCGCCAUCAUCAUUACCAUCAUCACAAUAACAACAACCACCACCAUACGCUUCAAAAGCAUAUUGAUCAGCCCCGAAAUCUCUGUCAUAGAAACUCCGGUGUCGGUCUGCAAGGUAGCGGAGGUAUAAUGAGUCAAUCAGGCUCCCAGGACGACGGCGAGUACGAGGUCAUCAUCGUCGACGAGAACAACUCCUCGAUUCUAGCCGAUCACGACGUCACAUCGUCGGGGCCGCCAUCGACUAAGGGAGGUCACAGCGGUGUACCUCGGCCGCGGACUAUUCUCGAGGAUUACACCUCAUCAGAACCAACGCUUGGCACUACCACAAGGUCCGAACCACUGCCACGAAAUCUACAGAGCAACGACUCCAGCGAGGAAACGGUACACCGCAGCAACAUCACCGCGGAUCCGAGUCCUUCCGAAGUUACUACAGACAACGAGAAUAAGCACAACUCCUCCGAGGAGGCUUGGACCGACGUGAACCUCAAUGAGGACGGCGACACGAUGCCAAUUACGAAUCCUAGGGAGGAUCCGCGAAAUAUUCACAAUAUCGCUCACUCACGAGGCGAGAUGCAGGACAGCGAGGGCAACGUCCUGGAGCAGGAGAUGCUGGGCAACGCGGAGCGUGGGGAGAAACCGUCGGCGGAAAUCUCGGUGGUGCGAGUGCCUGAUCGGCUGGUGGUAACCGCGGCAUCCCCAAGGGCUGAUGAACUCCCGAUCAAGGGCCUGGUCGACCAUUUACCGGUACCGACACCCUCCCGCGAAGCCUCGCUCACACAAAAGCUGGAAAUGGCUUUGGGUUCGGUUUGCCCCCUCCUUCGGGAAAUAAUGGUGGAUUUUGCCCCUUUCCUGUCCAAAACACUCGUUGGCUCUCAUGGUCAAGAAUUGUUAAUGGAAGGAAAAGGUACGAGCUGCAAGGGUUUGACCACAUUCAAAAACAGCAACUCUGUCGUGGAGCUGGUUAUGCUGCUCUGCUCCCAGGAAUGGCAGAACUCUCUGCAGAAGCAUGCGGGCCUCGCUUUCAUCGAGCUCAUUAACGAGGGACGGUUGCUAUCUCACGCGAUGAAGGAUCACAUAGUGAGAGUCGCAAACGAGGCGGAGUUCAUUUUAAACAGGAUGAGAGCGGACGACGUGCUGAAGCACGCUGACUUUGAGUCUCAAUGCGCGCAAACGCUUCUGGACCGCCGAGAGGAAGAACGCAUGUGCGACCACCUGAUCACCGCAGCGCGAAGACGCGACAACGUGAUCGCCAGCCGGCUGCUGGAGAAGGUCCGGAACAUCCUGUCUAACAAGCAUGGCGCGUGGGGCUACAUGGAUCCAAUGGCUGCAAAAUUGGCCGAAUACUGGAAGCUGGAUGCUUGGGAGGAUGAUGCACGCAGACGCAAGCGUUUCGUGCACAAUCCACUAGGCUCGAGCCACCCGGAGGCUACGCUCAAGGCGGCUCUCGAACACGGUGCACCCGAGGAUGCGAUACUUCAAGCGCGUGAAGAGUUUCACGCGCACCUCGCAGCCUCGCGUGCACAUCAGCAAUUGCAGUCGGCGGAUCUCCUGGAUGACAGCGAAUUGCUGUCGGACGACAGGGACCUCGACAACGACCUGACAGGUCCGGUGAACAUUAGCACAAAGGGCAAGUUAAUCGCUCCCGGUAUCGUGGCGCCUGGCAUCAUUUCCGUUACAUCUACGGAACUGUACUUCGAAGUGGACGAGGACGAUCCGGAGUUUAAGAAGAUCGACAGUGAGGUGCUGAAGUACUGCGAUCACUUGCACGGGAAAUGGUACUUCUCCGAGGUGCGCGCGAUUUUCUCGCGCCGUUACCUGCUGCAGAAUGUGGCCAUCGAGAUCUUCCUCGCCAGUAGAACCUCGAUCCUGUUCGCGUUCUUGGACCAGGCAACGGUGAAAAAGAUGAUCAAAGCACUUCCGCGGGUCGGCGUCGGCAUCAAAUACGGGAUACCCCAGACUAGACGAGCGUCGUUGAUGUCACCGCGACAGUUGAUGCGAAGUUCCAACAUGACUCAAAAGUGGCAGCGCCGAGAGAUAUCCAACUUCGAGUAUCUGAUGUUCCUGAACACAAUCGCCGGUCGCACGUAUAACGACUUGAACCAGUAUCCCGUGUUUCCCUGGGUGCUGACGAACUACGAGACCAAGGAACUUGACCUGAGUCUACCGAGCAAUUAUCGUGAUUUAUCGAAGCCGAUUGGCGCGUUGAAUCCGAACAGAAGGGCUUACUUCGAGGAGCGGUUCCAGAGCUGGGAACACGACACCAUACCGCCUUUCCAUUAUGGCACGCAUUAUUCUACGGCAGCCUUCGUCUUGAAUUGGAUGAUCCGCGUGGAACCCAUGACGACCAUGUUCCUGGCGUUGCAAGGAGGCAAAUUCGAUCACCCCAACCGGCUGUUCUCGUCUAUCGCGCUCUCGUGGAAAAACUGCCAGCGCGAUACAUCCGACGUCAAGGAGCUGAUUCCGGAAUUCUUCUUCCUACCGGAAAUGCUGGUAAAUAGCAAUCGUUACCGUUUGGGCAGACAGGAGGACGGCAGCGCGGUCGGUGAUGUUGAAUUGCCACCUUGGGCUUCGUCUCCCGAAGAGUUUAUACGUAUAAAUCGUAUGGCACUUGAGUCCGAGUUCGUGUCUUGUCAAUUACACCAAUGGAUCGAUCUGAUAUUUGGUUAUAAGCAGAAAGGCCCGGAAGCCGUGCGUGCAACCAAUGUUUUCUACUAUCUAACGUACGAGGGUAACGCCGAGCUGGACACAAUCACCGACCCCAUGAUAAGGGAGGCGAUCGAGAACCAGAUCAGGAAUUUCGGGCAGACGCCGUCGCAGCUGUUGAUGGAGCCGCAUCCGCCGAGGAGCUCGGCGAUGCACUUGAUGACUCCGCUCUUCCAGUCGCCGAUGAUGUUCUCGAGCAUCCCCGACGACGUGUGCAUGACCAUCAAGUUCCCGUCUAACUCACCGAUCUGUCACAUUUCGGCUAACACCUACCCGCAACUGCCACUGCCAUCGAUCGUCACGGUCACCACCGGCCAGCAGUUCGCUGUCAAUCGAUGGAAUACCAAUUACGCGGCCUCGGUGCAAUCUCCGAGUUACGCGGAUACACCUCAGGCGCAGGCUGCCAAUCAGCCAUUGUCCAUGGAUCCCGUUCUCUCCCAAGCGGCGAACAGCUCGAACCCGACGCUGCAACGCCGGCACCUGGGCGACAACUUUAGUCAGAAGCUGAAGAUACGUAGCAACUGCUUCGUCACCACCGUCGACAGCCGAUUCCUGGUGGCGUGUGGAUUUUGGGACAACAGUUUUCGCGUCUUCUCAACGGAGACAGCGAAAAUCGUGCAGAUAGUCUUCGGUCAUUACGGAGUGGUCACUUGCCUGUCGCGCAGCGAGUGUAACAUCACCUCCGACUGUUACAUCGCCUCCGGGAGCGCGGACUGCACCGUCCUCCUCUGGCACUGGAACGCCAGGACGCAGACCAUCGUCGGCGAGGGUGAGGCGCCGGCGCCGCGCGCCACCCUCACGGGCCACGAACAACCCGUCACGGCCGUCGUCAUAUCCGCCGAAUUGGGCCUGGUUGUCUCCGGGUCGCAUUUCGGUCCAGUACUUGUCCACACUACCUUCGGUGACCUUCUACGAUCUCUCGAGCCGCCGAACGGUUUCUCAUCGCCCGAGAACAUUGCCAUGUCGCGCGAGGGUGUCAUCGUGGUGAAUUACGAGCGCGGUCACAUAGCGGCGUUCACCAUCAACGGAAAACGCCUUCGCCACGAGUCUCACAAUGAUAACUUACAAUGCCUGCUGCUGAGCAGAGACGGCGAGUACUUGAUGACAGGAGGUGACAAGGGUAUCGUAGAGGUCUGGCGGACCUUCAACCUCGCUCUGCUCUACGCGUUUCCCGCAUGCGAGAGCAGUGUACGCUCCCUCGCGCUCACUCAUGAUCAAAAGUUUCUCCUCGCUGGUUUGGCGAACGGGUCCAUCGUGAUAUUCCACAUUGAUUUCAACAGAUGGCAUCACGAGUUCCAGCAGCGUUACUGAAAUUACGAUUUCCUCUUCGCCUAAGGGAGCACGGCGCACCUCGCGAGAUGUCGCAGCAGGCUCUUGCGUGUUUAGCUCUUCGGAUAGCACGACGGCUUGAAAAUUGUCCCAAGUCUCACGUUCAAAUGUCUCGUUCGUUCGAUCUCUCUCAGCUCUCGCGGAUCAGAAAUCCGCGUGUUACUCGCGCGAUGUUUGUACGGAGACCGACGGUUUCCCGUCGGAGCUAUCUUUAGACUCGCCGCGAUUCACGACGGGCGAAUUGUGGAGAAGAAAAGGGAGGAAAUGGAAUAGCGAGGGGAGAAGGAGGGAGGAUAGAAGAUUCUAUCGAUCGUGCGUCAGGUGCAGCGGACGACAACGAAAUAAGCGUGACGGCACUCGUCCGGACGGCGACAUCCGGAACAUCCGCGAGCGUUUCGGCGUUCAGCAAUAAAGACUCUCCCUCGUGCGACUGCGCGCAAGUUGCUUCCGUAAAGAGAGCUAAAAAAAUAGAUCGAGUAGAGGGUGAAGGGAGAUGCGGAGGAGAUGCGAAGAGGGCGAGGCGCAAUCACACAGAGGUGCGAUCGGGGCGCGCGUUCCGCGUAAUCGUCGCGGUGAAGCGUGAUCGUCGUCGCGCGUAAAGAAAAAAAAUCGCGGCGCGGCGAUUGCGCGCGUGCCGCUCGCGAAACGCUCUCUCUCUCUAGUCAAUUAACGAGCAGACUCGGAUUCACACCUACGCUCGCGAAUGUUCGCGCGCGAGGCGAAUGAUCGCGCGAUUUCUCCCCGGCGCUGCAUCAUCGGGGAGCGUAUAAAUUCGUCGACGCGGAGGAGAGAAAGAAUGAAAGGGGGAGGAAAGGGGGGAGGUAACCGCGUCGACGACUCGGUUGGAGCUGAACAUACUACUAUUAUUUUUAUGCCUGAAGCUGCGCGUGGAUUUGGCCACGCGGCACUUUUAGCGUUAAUGUCCAAUGUAUAUAUAUAUAUGUGUAUAUAUAUAUACACACAUAUAUAUAUAUAUAUAUACGGAUAAUUCCUCACGUUAUACACGUAUCAUACACACACGUAUACAUACACGCGCGUUCUUUAUCCCGUAUACAUAUAUUAGGAAGCAGAGGAGCAAGCGAGAAAGAGGCGUGUAUUAUCGCGAGAGGGUAUUACAUCGUAUUCUUCCUAUCAGAUGUGUAUUCAAUGUCGCUCACGUCGGACUUUUUGGCCAAGCACCUUGUACGUUCAGUUCGGACUACACGCACGCGAGACUAUACGCACCGCGUAUACACACACACACACACAUAUAUAUACAUAUAUAUAUAUAUAUAUAUAUAUAUAUAUAUAAUAAUGCCGCGACUCUGGUGAAUACCCGCAGAUCGGCGGGGAUGCCACCGAUCAGCAUCCACCGGAUCGCUCUGUCAGGCUCACCCGCCCAUACCCGCCCCACCACCCCCUGCUACUACACUUUCUACGCCCUGAUGUUCGCGUCCUUCGGAAGAGAUCCUAAUUUUUAUCAAAGCCGUCCAGCUUAACUUUCGCGAGGAUAUUUCUUGGUAUUUUCGCACGCGAUGUAUGUUAAUCAGCAAAAGCGAGUUAUUUAGGCUAAAGUGACACUGCGCAUCCCGAGCUCAUCCUUAAACAUUCCGUGAUACCUGUCGAGGAUCGUACGUGCGUGUGUGAGUCGUGCGUCACCGGUGAUCCCUAGGGUGAUUUCUCGUGUCACGACGACGACUACAGAACCGUAGAGUAUACGAGAGAGAAAGAGAUGAGAGAAAGGAAGCGUGUGAGUGCGAGAGAAUGGAGAACGCAUACACUUUGACAUGCAACGACAACGAUGGGGGAGGGGGGAGGACGAUGCUUGAUCGCGCACUUGUAAGCGCACUUCAGAGAGAAAUGCCAAGCCGACUUGCACUCGUGCAUCAUCGUCAUCAUCAUUAUUGUAGAACACACGAUAGCCGUCUCGUAGAGUGUUACCGCUAGGUACUGUCGUUAUAUUCUGGAUCCCGUUUUCACGCAAAAUACGGGAACUACGCACUGUGCAUAGGUAUAGCCUUCAGUUAUUCGUACGUAUUCUCGAUAUAGCGUCGUAUUCUCGUCGUCAGUCUUGGUUGAUCUUGCGCGACGAGCGAUUACUUGUCUCGAGGGAAUCAUCAGCGUUCCGUUGUAGCUCACGCUUGAUAGCUCAGCUCCGCGCCGUAUAAUACGGAUACACAUUUCCGAAAUUGUCGCGGAACAUAGUAGUCGGAGAAUUUUUCUGCGGGACAACGGCGAGAGAUGCGAGGGUAAGGAGGGAGAGGGUUGAAAGAGAGGGAAGGAAGAGAGCGAGUGUCCUUCAUGGAUCGCAGUUGAUCGUCGUGGUAACUCGAGCGUGCGCGAUUCCACGACCAUUACAUGCGACUCGUGAUACGGCUGAAUCGUCAUUCGCUUCGCUGUGACGCGAACGGACGACGAGUCUUCGAUUCUAUUGUAGUUGAGCGCGUCGUUGGUUGCCGAAGCAGUCUAAAGGGAAAUUCUACGCGGUGUAGAAUUUUCUAUCUAGAGAGCGGCAGCUUUGACAGAUCUUGAAGAGUGGCCAAAUCCCGAACAACGAGAUCGAGAGAUCGACGUAUCCGUAGCUGCCGAUACGCCGAUGUUCUAGUCAAGGGCAAUCACCGUGUGGAAUCACGAGUCGCGCAAAAAGGAGUCAUCUGCGAUCCUCAGCAGCAUUUCUUAGGUAUCGAUAUAUUUAAGGGCUAAUCGCCGUACUGUCUACGUGUAGGUGUAUAAAAAGUAACGCGCAUCUAGAACGCCACUGUUUUAGCGGAUCGAUCACUUCGGGCUUGCGAGGUCAACGGUAGCGAGGUCCCGGCCACCGAUCCCCGAUCGGCGCCGACUCGCGGCCGAUCGUCGGUAAUAUCGUACAAUUCUUAAUAAGCGUCUAGAAGGCGGGGAGAUUGUUACGUGUGUUAAUAAAAACGGCGUUUGAUCGCUGCGCUUCGUUAUGGGCGUGCUUCUGCAUGAUCGUUUGUACCGUUUUGUUCGCACAGGUGUGAACGGAUGAGCGAGUGAGCGGUGGAGGGAGAAUAGAGAGUCAGGGAGGAGGAAUACGGGAGGGGUUCGAGAGGGUUGUGUCUGGAUGCUUUCAAUGCGAUGUAUCGCCGACGCGGAAACGCACUCGACGCGCGUACUCGACUAGGCGCGCAUCGCUAUUGUGGCUAUUUUAUUUUGCGGUGAGAGAAUGAGAGAGAGAAAGUGAGGGAGAAAGAGGAAGGAAAAAAGAGAUAGCGAUUAACGUUAAAUCAGAAUGGGCGAACAGGAGCGAGGAAAGAGGGACACGACACAUUCCAUCCGCAUUUCCUGCUUUUUGCCGAUUCGCGAGCGCAUGUGGCCCUAAUACAACCGGUCGGGACCACUCGUCGAACCUACAAAGAACGAGAAUCAAAUUGGCUUCCUGUUUGCGAGCGUGGGAAGUAGGGUCGAAUGAAAACGAACUGUCCGAAGUUAUUUUCGAGGGGAAACGUUUUCGUGUUCGCGAAUCAUAUACGUUCGACGUGCGUUCUCGCGCGACAGAAUGCCAGCAUUUUCGGCGUCCGAAACUACGCGAAGGCAGCGUAACGGGUGAGAAUGCAUCGGGGUGACGAAGAAGUCUUACGUACUUAAGAAGAGUUUUUAUAUUUGUUUAUAGAUGUGUGAGAAUGUGCUGCACUCUUUAAGCAAAGUUGUUAGUGGAUUCCCUCCAUAUUGCUAAUACACACGAAGGAAGUUAAAACUCAGAUCGAUUUCUGUCCGUACUCGAAGAAGAAGAAGAGAAGAAGGAGAAGAAGAAGGAGAAGAAAAGGCAUUCGGUACAUAAAAUUGAAAAGAAAAAAAAUAAUGAUAUCGCUACUAUUUUAAAUAACGCUAAGUACAAUGCUACGAAGAGUUCGCCUAUAUUAUUAGUAACAAUUACGGUUUUAUUGUCACCAUUAUUAUUGAUAUUCUUAUUACAUUAUACAACUGUGGCUAACGCAUUAACGUACUUAAUAUUAUAACAAGGGGGGGCUGCCUACGCGGGAGCAUUAUAGAUUUGUAUAUUCGUCGGAUAAGGCCCUUAAUGUUUGUGUGUCAGGUAAUAAUUUUACUUAACCCACAAUCGCGAUCAAUCGAUGGGGGAGGCGAGAAUGUGAAAAAAAACGCGCAUAAAGGAACCGCGCGCAAACUUCCGCUUCCGGUUCCGCAUGUCGCGAACGCUGCCCGUAGAGGAAGAAGUACUUACGUAUAGAUUAUUAAUUCGACGCCGAUGCUAAUCUAACGUUCGUGAGCGCGAUCGCGGCCAGGAGAGACGCGAGAGACCGCACCGCGUGACACUCAAGCGCUUACUCGUAUUAGGCUCGUAUUAUCCACCUAAAAAACCUCUGAUUUAAGUGUGUCGAAGGUAAUUCGCGGAGUGAAAGAAAAUGCGGGCAAAGAGACACCGUCACCGUCAUAAAUCGGCUCAAGCCGCGCGGAAGCUCAAGGGGGCUGCGCGGUUAUAUAGCCCGGUUCUCCGCGAGCGCGAGAGAAGGAAGAGUGCAACCGAAUCGAAUGCGAGCUUUCGUCACGAUCACGCACGAUCAGUUUUUUACAUCGCACAUACGAAAGUCAAUAUAUACCGUAGCGCCGUUCGAAGCUGGAGAGCGGGCCACGAUCGCGCGUGUGGAUCACACGCUUGGUUUCACCGCAUUCAGCGUCGCGCGCGUGUCCCAACGCGUGCGAAGUUUUCUGAGCGUCGGGAACCCGUUUUUUACAUCGAAUCGGUAAUGCAGUCCGACUUCCGCCGCGCGAUCGUGGUCGAGCUCUCGACGAUCUACGGGACGAUUUACGUCAUCGCGCGAUCACGUCCUCGUAUCGCGGUCGAGCCGCAGUACCGAUACAUGCGGACAGCCGUCCCGAGAUCAAAGACACGUGCCGAUCGAUCGAUCGAUCGGUGAAUGGAGGAGUAGCGUUAGAGGCUUAACUAGGCCUAAUCGCUUUUGCCGCGGCAACGUUACCAGUCCAGCGAUGCUUCGGUGAUCGGCUCGAUCGGCGAACGCGGAAGUGACGUGGAAGCCAUCGAAGGAGUCUCGGGCACUCGUCUCGCAUGGAUCUCCGGCGAAGCCAAAUCGCAACUCGCGUUGAUCACCGUCGACGAGACCGGAAUACAGAAAGACGUGCGUCGUCGACGGUGCGGAAGCGCGUAACAGAUUAAUUCCCGCCACUUUUUUGAGGAGUACUACUAUAAGUAGAGGAGUACUUAAGUCGUUGCUACAUUACCAGUAUAAGCUCUAUCGCUUAUUUUAUACUUAGAGGUAUUGUAAUGUUUCGAUUUAGAGGUAACAUAAUGGGAAAGUUGUAUCUUAGCGUAAGGUAGAAUAAUCUGUAAAGAUAAGUAGUCGAAUAAAUGAAAAGUACAUUUGAUGUU